GUGUGUGUGUGUGUGUGUGUGUGUGUGUGUGUGUGUGUGUGUGUGUGUGUUUUCUAGCUGGUGGGAGUGGAUGUGAUGGCAGCGCUGGACAUGUAUGCAGAGAGAGGCCAGUGGGAGAAAUGUCUGGAAACAGCAUCCAAACAGAACUUUAAGAUCCUGCAGAAGUACGUGGCUCUGUACGCGACCCACCUCAUCAAAGAGGAAGAUGCUCCGAAGGCUCUGCAGCUCUACGUCCAGCACGGAGCUCCUCCCAACCCUCAGAACUUCAACAUCUACAAGCGGCUGUUCCUGGAUCUGAUCAACCUCCCCGAAACUGACGGACCCGAGUCUUACCGGAUGUGGGCCGACCUCCGCAACUUCCUGCUGCAGCUGGUAAAUCACAGGAGGGUCCAUUUUACAGCUGACAAAAACACCAUGUCUCUUCUAC